AUGGUGAUCUGCUGGAGAAGGACCCCCGAGUCUCUCGGGUUGACGUCUCGACCGCGGGUCGAGACGCCUCGACCGCUGGGGAGCACGGGACGCUGGCCCUGGACGCUGGACAACCUGUUUAGGGCCAUAGGACUGAGAAACGGCUUCCGGGGUGGUGGGUGCCAGGUCAGCGGUCUGUCUGGGGCGGUGGGGUGCGUCCUGGCAGUCCCCGACAGUGUCGUGGGACUGGGCAUUGAACGACCAGGGCGGUUAGAGUUGUUUGUUGUGCAAUGUUUCGCCACGCUGAGACUUUUCUACAUGAAAAGCCGGCUUCGGCCACUGAAAAGUUGUCACUCCGAAAAUGAUUGGCUCAAGCACUCGAGAUUGUGUGAGCAACCCGACCGAAUGUCCGGGAGUGCUUCUGAAGAGCUACCCACAUGGGGUUGCUACGCGCAUCGCCCUUAUUGCAACCUGCUCGCGAGCGCGGCCCUGUCAGGGGACCCAUGCACUCCUGAGUUUUUACUCUUCGACUGCAAGGACAAAAAGCUGUUCUUGUGCCGCUACGUGGACACCGGGACGACCACCCUAUGUCGUUCAUGCUGUUUGUGUACGAAUGGUGCCUUGUCUAAUCCGCGUCAGCUGCUUCUUUCUCCUCGCCGGCGAGUAUUUGCAUCCCUGGAAGUGAUCAAUGGCCGUGGUUCGGUGGCCGUUUGGCAGCUGCCCGCCAUCUCGGAUGAGACCGAACUAGCAGCUGUAGCAGCAUGCCGCUUGGGUGAUGUGCUGCCCAGCGAUGCAGAGAAGACUUCAAAAGCGAUUUGUUGGGCAGGCCCUACGUUGCCUCCUUUCUGCAAGAGUGGGGAACAAAUUGACCUUCUGUCAGUGUUGGUGGCGGAAAAGGUGCUCCUCGUGUUGGUCAAAGUUAAGCCAACUGAGACAUCAGAAAUGGGUGAGGUUUCUUUGGAGCAGCUACAUUCUGUGAGCAUCAGUUUUCCAUGUCGAUGCCUGUCUUGGUCCAAUGACGGUACUCAGCUCCUGGUCGGUGGCAAAGGGCAACUCUCAUGUUUUGCUUUUGAAGAUGCCCAACAAGUGCCCUUGGUGCGGCAUCUCCUUUGUUCAGGCGAGUGCGUUGAGAUCCAAACAGCCUUCUCCAAUGUCUUUCUGUGCCGUAUCGAUCAGUGUGUCGAUCCAUUGCCGGAGCCCUGCUUGAUGCUGCCAGGGCAGGGGUUGAAUGCUUCCCCCAUGCCCUUGGUUCAAGUGGUGGAAAAUCCCCAAGAUGGGCCUUCUGAAAGACCGGGCUCGCAAUCAGUGCCACCUUUUGUGAGUGCUUGGCAGAAUCCCGAGCUUGACACUGGCUUGCAGGUCUUGCCUUGCCAGCGCUACCUUUUGCCCAUCCGAUGCUCAUUGACCGAGGCCCGCGACACCUUGCGGCUCCAGUGUGGAGUCGAGCGUCCGGCUGGAGAGCUGCUGGCCGUGGCGGAGACUGGUGGCAAGGCAUUGGUGGUCUUUGGCUCUUUCAACAGCAGCGAGGUGCAGUUUUCUCGUUUGGCACCUCCUCACCAAUGGGCCAGUGAGGGUAUCAUGGGUACCGAGAGCCAAUCCAUGUGGCAUGGAGCUGCAACUCUGAGCCUUUUGCCACAAGCAUCCUUGAGACUCUCGGGUCUCGCUCUCUGGCGUGCGGCCCCAGCCGCUCCUCCGGAGCUCCACGCUGUGUUAGAAGCGCCUUCCGCGGCCGGCGAGUUCGGACGCCCGAAGAGGGAGCUCUUCCAUCGGUCCGAGAGUUUGGCGGAGGAACCCAUGAGCCCUACGACGGCACCCAAGCAUCUAGAGCCCAGUGGUGAGGAAGGCAUGGACCGCGGCCAGGAGCACUCUCCACGACCCGGUCGAGGCUCGCAGACCUCGCAGACCUCGCAGACCCUGCAGACCCUGCAGCUUCAGAGCAUCGCGGAGAACGACUUCUUUGAGAUGCUCCAGUGCCAUUCAGUGAGGGUUCUCUACGACCUUCGGCCCACCGACUUCAGGGGCGAAUUCCAUGCGCGACACCAGCGCUUCAGCCUGUCAGCCCUGCGUGGGCAAUGUCGUGCCAGGGGGAUCUUCUUCAAAUCCAUGCCCAUUGGACGUGAAAGCGCCUAUGGCACCCUGGCCCACAUCAGGAGUGAUGAAGGCCAACACACCUUGGUGGAACUCGCAUGGCAGGCCAAGAGGAAGCGCACGGCAUUUCUGGGAAGUCAGGAGCUUUGGAAUGAGGACAACCGCCAAGUCAUUGCGGACGAGCUGGUGAAAGCAGGACAUCAGGUACUUCAUGUUCGCAGCGAUGGGUCCACUGAGCAGCAUGUUCCUGGGACUCAAUACCCAGACUGGCUCGUGCGAGAAGAGGAGCGAUUGAAGCUCUUAGAGAAGAAGCGUCAAGCUGGAGAGGCCGAGAAGGUCUCCAAGUCCCGGCUGGAGCGAAGUUCCGAGGCAGUGGCUUCUAGGUUGGCUCGGCCGACGGAGGAGGUUGACGCCAUGACGGAGCUACGCUUGGCGGCAAACCAGAAGGAGCUGGUGGUGGCCCAACGAAAGCUGGCGCGCUACCAAAGAUUGGCGGACCAGAAAGGCUUGCUGGCCAACAAGGUUCUGACCAACGUGCCUGAGUGGGUUCGUGAGGACGCGAUGAAGCAAGCCGAGUGGGUGGCCGCCAAGAAGAAGGAGAAGGCAGAUGCCGAAGCUGCCAAAGCUGCUGCAGCUGCCAGAGGCGACCGGCUCGAUGCGGAGGACCAGCCCAACGGAAGCGAGAGCGUCGGUCGCUGUUCUGGGCGAAGAACGUCGGUCGGUUCACGUUGCCAUCCACUGCAGCGCUGCUCCCAACUUCUUAGAGCCUUCAUGGCCUUUAUCUUGCAUUGA